AUGGUGAAAAAUGAGAUAAAAGUCUUUGCUCGACUGAGACCGGAAUCAAAACGAAGAAACGUCGUGAAUUACGAGAUACAUCGGCGGCCCAGAAAACAUGUAGAAGAAGAUUAUCUGGUUUUAUGGGGAGCCCAGAAAUCCAUUAACGAGUUCAUUGACAACAGACCAGAGUCAUGGAACUUUGCAUUCCAUAAAAUCUUUGAUCACGCUGCCAGACAGGACGAAGUUUUCGAAGAUGUUGCAAAGCCGGUAAUUGAGAGCGUUCUGAACGGCUACAACGCAACUAUUUUCGCUUAUGGUCAGACGGGCAGCGGUAAAACAUUUUCCAUAACAGGUGAUUCGGAAGGAUACGAGGAUCGAGGCAUCCUGCCAAGAACGAUUCAACACCUUUUUCAUACUAUUCAAAAGAAUCCGGAGAACCUCUACUCCGUAGAAAUCGCAUACCUCGAAAUCUACAACGAGAAUGGUUACGACCUGUUGGAUCCGAAACACGAGGUCGUCGCGAAACUGGAAGACCUUCCUCGCGUGACGAUUCAAGAAGACGAAGCCGGUAGACUCCACCUGAAGAAUCUGAGCUUUCGAGUCGUCGAGGACGAGAAAGACGCGUUGGCACUUCUCUUUCUGGGGGAUACGAAGAGAGCCAUAGCAGAAACCCCGAUGAAUCCUCAGUCGUCGAGAUCACACUGCAUAUUCACAAUAGUCGUAUCUGUGAGGCAAUACGGUGCUGAAAAAUACCUGAAGAAGGCUAAAAUGCAUCUCGUCGAUCUCGCUGGAUCAGAACGCGUCUACAAAUGCUGUAUUUCCGGCAGCAUAUUGACAGAAGCAAAGCACAUAAACCUGAGUUUACACUACCUGGAACAGGUAAUCGUGUGUCUCGGCCAGCAGAACGUGAGCCAUAUACCUUACAGAAAUUCUCUUCUAACAGCCAUCCUGAGGGAUAGUCUCGGCGGCAACUGCCUGACGACGAUGCUCGCGACCUUGAGCAUCAGUAGAACUAAUUUAGAGGAAACUAUUUCCACGUGUAGAUUUUCCCAAAGAGUUGCGCUAAUUAAAAACGACGUGAACCUCGUCUUCGAGAGAAACGCAGAGGACGAGAAUAAAUUUUUAAAAAUGGAAGUGGAGAGGUUGAGGAAGCAAUUAGCACUGCUUACCGAUCAGCCGAAAAACGAGGAACUAACACCGAGCGAAAAGCAGGACCUCGAUUAUCAAGUGGACAAAUUUUUGCAAUCUGCUUUCGCAACGAUCGACUGGAAAAACGACGAAAGGAAGAUAAGAUAUUGCCUGAACAUUUUACGGAGUAAAUUGAGGUCAAAAAAUGAAGAAAUCAAUUGUUUAACAGGCGACCUUCGGAGGCGGAUGAGUGACCCCCAGAUCCUGAACGGAGCAGAGAUUCACACGUUGCACAAAGCUCUCCAGGGCGAGCAAUCCCGGCUCUCCGAUAACCUGACUUUGCUCAAGAACCUAAAGUCCGAAGUGACCGAACUCAAGAGCGUCUCAUCUUCGGGUCAGCAAGAGCAGCCAAUCGUCAAAACGUGUUCAGAUGCCGUGGAGAAUCUCCUGCAGGACUCGGAUCCGACACCUCGAAGAGAUUCGAAAGAUCUUUUCGCGCCCGUUGAGUCACUCACCUUGGCAAGGUCGCAGCCGAAGAACGAAGACGAGGAAACGAAGAAGGAGAUCUUCGAGCCCUCGAAGCCGUUGAGGAAGGCGAUGUCCGAAUCCGGAAGAGCCAGACGCAGAAUGAAAGUCUCAGAUUUCCUGAGCAAUGAGUGCCUGAAACUGAACGAGGAUGUCGAGAAACGCAAGGCGACGAUCAAAACGGCGAGCGAGGAGUCGGAUUCCGGUCAUGUUCGAAAGCCUGGCGAUGAACCCGAGGCCUCAAGGUCAUCGGGAUUGAAUUCGCCGACGUUGACGAACUCGAAUCGCCGAAUACCGAUCGUAGGCGAUAAUUCUGGGCCGAGUUCAACCGGCGAAAGUUCGAUUCGCGCUGAAGCUUCGCUCGUGAUGUCGAGCUUUUUGCCCUCGAAGUUCCUCCAGGACUUGCUGCGGUCUGUCGAAGAUUCCGAGAUUCAUUCCGAGCGCCAAAAACGGGAGGAAAACUUUCAUGAUGCGGAUAUCCUGAGCCGUUGCCGGUUACCGGACGGUGAAAAUUCAUCGUGGUGCGAAAAAAGCUGUUCGGGGUUAAUUUCGACCCCAGAAAAACGCGACGAGACAGAUUUGACGGAGCCUGCGGGAGAGUUUCAGGCACUGACGGAAACCCCGAAUCCGGAUAAAGGUCUCGAGGAGGACGACGAUUUUAUGAAAUCUUUACCGCUAACCGGGGACCAAGAAAUCGAUAAAGAAAUCAUCGCUUUUUACCGAGCAAAAAGAUCCGGAGGGACUUAUUGAUGAAUCAGAAGCCACGGGUUAUACUUUAUAAAAAAUAAAAA